AUGCGCUCGAUACUCCUUGCAACGAUAGCCCUGGCUGGCGGAGUAGUUGCCCACGGUGAUCACGGCGGAUCGCAGAAGCCAAUUGUCGAUGAGAACGCAAAUUGGAUGACAAAACACAUGGCUGAGGAACACCACAUAAGCGAUUUCGAUGCGUCCUCCUUUUUCCUGCUGCACGAUUUCGACGGCGACAGCAAAUGGGAACCUGAAGAAAUUCUUCGGACCUACGGUCUCUAUGAUGAAUCCAAUCAGAACGUCUCGCCCCAACGACGAGCUGAGAUAACGCGACAAAUCCUGGCCUUGAUUGACACGGACGGUUCCGGUUAUGUCACGCGCGAUGAGUUUGUCAUCUUCAUCAACGAAGGCAAGACCCUACCGGAUAUGGGUACGGGUCCAGGACAUCAUGGCGACGACGAAUAUGAGUACGAAAUUCACCACUGGGAAAAGUACCACGAUGAGAACACCAAGCUCGAAGAUCUUACACAUCCCGAAGAUAUUGAGCAUUUCCGGAAACACGAACUUUUGGAAGAAGAGGAGGAGAAGCUUGAAAUACUCAACUCGAUGAGCAUUGUUCCCGAGAACAUCCCGGCCAAGUUCAGGAGAACAAGGUAA